AUUGACACACCAACCAGUCCAGUAACAAGUGGGCUCCCGCUUUUCUUUGUCAUCAUUGUAACAGCUAUAAAACAGGGAUAUGAAGAUUGGCUUCGUCAUAAAGCUGACAAUGCAAUGAACCAGUGUCCUGUUCAUUUUAUUCGUCAUGGCAAACUGGUUCGAAAACAGAGCCGCAAACUAAGAGUUGGAGACAUUGUGAUGGUAAAAGAAGAUGAAACAUUCCCUUGUGACUUAAUAUUGUUGUCAAGUAGUCGAUCAGAUGGCACAUGUUUUGUUACAACAGCUAGUUUGGAUGGUGAAUCGAGUCAUAAGACUUACUAUGCAGUCCAAGAUACAAAGACCUUUCACAGCGAACAAGAUAUUGAUCAACUACAUGCUACCAUUGAAUGUGAGCAACCUCAGCCUGAUCUUUAUAAAUUUGUUGGCCGGAUAAAUAUUUACCAUGAGAGAAACGAGCCAGUUGCAAGGCCACUGGGAUCGGAAAAUGUCCUUCUUAGAGGAGCUACAUUAAAGAACACAGAGAAAAUCUUUGGCGUUGCAAUAUAUACUGGCAUGGAAACAAAAAUGGCACUGAAUUACCAAUCAAAAUCACAGAAACGAUCAGCUGUAGAAAAAUCAAUGAAUGCUUUUCUUAUUGUAUACCUUUGUAUUCUAAUUAGUAAAUCACUAAUAAAUACCACCCUGAAAUAUGUUUGGCAAAUUGAGCAAUAUCGCGAUGAGCCUUGGUAUAAUAAAAAAACAGAAUCAGAAAGGAAAAGAAAUGUGUUUAUCACAGCAUUUACAGAUUUUCUGUCUUUCAUGGUCCUUUUCAACUACAUCAUUCCUGUAUCUAUGUAUGUCACAGUAGAAAUGCAGAAAUUUCUUGGUUCUUAUUUUCUUACUUGGGAUGAAGAAAUGUUUGAUGAAGAAACAGGUGAAGGGCCACUCGUGAAUACCUCUGAUCUCAAUGAAGAGUUAGGGCAGGUUGAAUAUGUCUUCACAGAUAAAACAGGGACGUUAACUGAGAACAAUAUGGAAUUCAUAGAGUGCUGCAUUGAGGGACAUGUGUAUGUACCCCAUGUCAUCUGUAACGGGCAAAUUCUCCAUGACUGUGGUGGAAUUGACAUGAUUGAUUCUUCCCCAGGAGGAAGUGGAAAAGACCGAGAAGAGCUCUUUUUCCGAGCUAUAUGUCUUUGUCAUACAAUUCAAGUGAAGGAAGAUGAUAUGGUGGAUGGAGUAAAGAAAGCUCAGCUUUCAGGAAGAUCUUCAGUGUAUAUUUCAUCAUCCCCUGAUGAAGUUGCUUUAGUUGAAGGGAUUCAGAGACUUGGUUAUACAUAUUUACGAUUGAAAGACAAUUUUAUGGAAAUUUUAAAUCGAGAAAAUGAUAUUGAAAGGUUUGAACUAUUAGAAGUUCUUAGUUUUGAUUCAGUAAGAAGACGGAUGAGUGUGAUUGUAAAAUCAGCAAAAGAGGAAAUCUAUCUGUUUUGCAAAGGAGCAGAUUCUUCUAUAUUUCCUAGAGUUACAGAAGGAAAAAUAGAACAGAUUAGGUCAAGAGUUCAGCGAAAUGCUGUGGAGGGUUUGCGAACCUUAUGCAUUGCAUAUAAAAAAUUCACACAUGAAGAAUAUGAGAUUGUGGAAAAACAGCUUCAAGAGGCAAAACUAGCCCUGCAGGAUCGGGAAAAAAAAUUGGCAGAGGCCUAUGAACAGAUAGAAGAUGGGCUUAUCUUGCUUGGGGCUACAGCGGUCGAAGACCGGUUACAGGAAAAAGCUGCUGAUACAAUUGAGGCUCUGCAGAAAGCUGGCAUUAAGGUAUGGGUUCUGACAGGAGACAAAAUGGAGACUGCUGCAGCUGCCUGCUAUGCCUGCAAGCUAUUCAGAAGAAAUACUCAAAUACUUGAGUUAACUACAAAGAAAAUAGAGGAACAGAAUUUGCACGAUGUACUGUUUGAAUUGAGCAAAACUGUCCUAAAGCACAGUGGCAGCUUAACAAGGGACAUCUACUCAGGGCUUUCAGCUGAAAUGCAAGAUUAUGGUUUAAUUAUUGAUGGAGCAGCAUUAUCAUUAAUAAUGAAACCACGGGAAGAUGGCAGCUCUGGUAACUACCGAGAAAUCUUCCUUGAAAUUUGUAGGAACUGCAGUGCAGUUUUAUGCUGUCGCAUGGCUCCUUUGCAAAAAGCACAGAUUGUAAAAUUGAUUAAAUGGUCAAAGGAGCACCCCAUCACGUUAGCAAUUGGUGAUGGAGCAAAUGAUGUCAGUAUGAUAUUGGAAGCACAUGUUGGCAUAGGCGUUAUUGGAAAAGAAGGUCGUCAAGCUGCAAGAAACAGUGACUAUGCAAUACCCAAAUUUAAACAUUUGAAAAAAAUGUUACUUAUUCAUGGGCAUUUUUAUUAUGUCAGGAUAUCUGAACUGGUGCAAUACUUCUUUUAUAAGAAUGUCUGCUUCAUUUUUCCUCAGUUUUUAUACCAGUUCUUCUGUGGGUUUUCACAACAGCCUUUAUACGAUACUGCGUAUCUUACUCUGUAUAAUAUCAGCUUUACUUCACUUCCUAUUUUGUUAUAUAGUCUAAUGGAACAACAUGUCAGUUCUGAGACACUCAAGAGGAACCCUAUAUUGUACAGGGAUGUUGCCAAGAAUGCUCACCUGCGAUGGCGUGUAUUCAUUUACUGGACAUUGUUGGGAGUUUUUGAUGCGGUGGUCUUUUUCUUUGGUGCCUAUUUCUUGUUUGACAAUUCAACUAUGACCAGCAAUGGACAGAUGUUUGGAAACUGGACCUUUGGAACACUGGUGUUCACUGUACUGGUAUUCACCGUUACACUAAAGCUUGCACUGGACACUCACUACUGGACGUGGAUUAACCACUUCGUGAUCUGGGGAUCUCUACUUUUCUACAUUGUCUUCUCCCUUCUCUGGGGAGGGAUCAUUUGGCCAUUUCUCAACUACCAGAGGAUGUACUACGUAUUCCUGCAAAUGCUGUCUACUGGCCCUGCAUGGCUGGGCAUUAUUUUGCUUAUAAUUGUGAGCCUUCUUCCAGAUGUACUGAAAAAGGUUUUAUGCCAGCAGUUAUGGCCCACAGCAACAGAAAGAAUUCAGAAGAGUUGGAAACAUAAAUCAACUCUAAAUGCUUUGAUGAACAACGAUGACCCACUCCUUGAAGGAACCCUUUCUGCUUCCGAGGCAUAAUUAGAUCACUGAUAGGUAACAGCAUUGCACGUGGUACUAUUAGAAAACAUCAAGCCACAGUCAGGACCCUAUUUCAAAAUUCUCACCCCUUGCCUCUUCGAAGAGACCAAGAUACCGAAGUAAUGAAUGC